GCAAUAUUAGUUCCCAUAUCUUAAUACACUGGAGCAGAACUUCCAAGCUAUCAACAAUUUGCUAGAACCACGUAUAAAAAUGUUUUCGACCUCAGCAAAAAGCGCUGUGAAUGUGAUUCUUUUUUCUGUCGCCUUUGGAGGCGGAGUCAUGCACUCCUUUAUUGUCUCGCCUAUUGCUUUCAAGCAUUUGCCUCGAGAGGAGUUUGGCAAGUUGCAACAUCAGGUGCUUCCUCUUUAUCUCUUGAGCCAGGCAGCCGCCCCUGUUUUGUUGAGCUUGACUACCCCGCUCGGAUCGAAAUUUGCCACUCCCGUCUUGGCUGCAUCAGCAGUGGCAGGUGCCUUAAAUUACUUCUGGGUGUUGCCUCGCUGUAACCAAAUUAAGGCAGAGAAAAAGAAGUUGGUUGAUGCAAAAAGACACGAACAGAUCAUUGACGGAAACACAGUGGAAACAGAGGAAUUCAAGGCGUUGAGCAAGCAGUUCGGCAAGUUCCAUGGAAUCUCGUCUCUGCUCAACUUGCUUUCGUUGGUGACCCUCGGAGCAUACGGCGUUGCCUUAGGCCGGCGUAUCUUAUAGGCUUGAAGCCAUGUUCAACAUGUGUGAUGUCGGAACUCUAAGCUUUGUAAAAAAUAAAUUGCAAAUAUAUAC